AUUUAACCUGUCUCUAAAACAAACCGUGGUACUCUGUAGACUGUAGUGUGUGUGUGGGCUGUACGGAUGCUGCAAACGGGUACUCUGUAGACCAUGAACUUUCUCUCUCCUCCUCUCCUCUAUAUAUGCCCCAUUUUUUCCGCUUCAUCUUCUGGGUUUUUAUCAUACCCUUGCAAGCUUUGAUACAGUGUUAUUAUAUAUAUGUGUGUGUCAUAUGUGUGUUGAAACUUAAUAGCUAUAUAAAUCAGAGCCCGUUUGAUUUUGUUCUCUGUUCAUUGAAUUGAACUGAAUCAAAGCUAUGGCUAGUCUGGGUCUGUUCGGAGAGUCAUGUUCCUACAAAAACAGAGUCCAAACUGCAAUCUGGGCCGUUCAGCUUCUACUCAUUUCAGCAGGAAUCGUCUCCACCGUCCUCUUGUUCAAAGCAACUGUGAUUCCUUACUCACUGAACGUCGUUCUCUCUAUGCCGAGUCUAUGGACCUCCUCGAGGACCUGGUUAUCACCCCCGUACAUUUAUAUCAUCCUCAACUUCAUCAUCAUCACCAUCGCCGCUUCCUCCACUUUCCACAGUCAGAAACAAGAAACCCAUAUGGAGGAUGAUACUGAUGAUUCACACACUCCACCACAACAAGAAGCACUACCCGACCAAACCCAUUUCCAAGAUUCUUCAAUAACCACCAACCAUUCGCCCAAAAUCUGGCAGGAAAUUCCAGAACAGAGCUCACCACCGUCUGAUAUUGACAUCGUGAAAUCAACACCGUCCGCCGAAAAUAUUAUUGAAUCAUCGCCGGAAAAGUUCCCGGACGUCAAUUCCGGCGAAAAUGAUGUUUCGGUAUUCCAGCCAUCUUCGCCGCAAUUCACGGAAACCAGUAAUAGUACGAUUACAACUACGACGGAGAAUCGCCGGAGAACAGUCGCCGACGGCGACAAUGAUGAUGAGGAGACAUUGGAGGCAACGUGGAAGGCGAUUACAGAGGGAGGAGGGAAAGCGGCGGGUCGGCAACUGAAUAAGAGCGAGACGUGGGACACGCCACCGCAGGUGACGGUGGCAGAUGCUUGGCGGGAGCUGAGGAAGUCGGAGACGUUCAACGACGCGGUGUCAGCGAAUAGAAGAGCUGGGCUGAGGAGAGACCCGUCACUGAGUCAGGACGAGUUGAACCAGCGCGUGGAAGCGUUCAUAAACAAGUUCAACCACGAGAUGCGAUUGCAGAGACAAGAAUCUGAUCAACGUUACUUAGAGAUGAUUAAUCGUGGUCGCUGAGUCAGGACGAGUUGAACCGGUGGGUGACAAGAAUCUGAUCAACGCUUUUUAGAGAUGAUCAAUCGUGAAGUUUGACCCUUCUUCACACUACUAGUAUUAUUAUUAGACUACUACUUGCACUUCUUGUGUGUAUAUGAUUUCUCUGUUUUCAAAUGGCUGAUGAGUUAGAUUAAACUCCAGGUAUAUAAAUUUAUUCUCCCCAUUCUGUUUCUACCAUUUCUUGCAUUAGUGUGUGUGUGUGUAUAUAUGUAACUACCGUGUUUAUGUGUGAGGUGAUAUUUUCAGUUGCAGUCUGAAAUAAUUUUUAUACUAUUGCAGAAUGAUACAUAAUAGUAAUAUUUUGUCGAGUAUGAUUAGUUCUCUGCAAUGGAAUCUUUAUAAAUAAAUCCAUAGUUUGG